GUGACCAGAAAUUAAGUUCCUGAGUGCGCACUGUAUAUGGUGUCUCUCUGACUCCCCCCCCCGCCCCCGAGGUGUCUCGUGAAGUGCGGGUGCAGCGGAUGAGAGGGAGCAGAGCUGACCCAGACUGCCACAAACUCAGUACCUUCAGAGGACCCAUCAUACUAGUGGCAGGCUGGAAAGAUACAUGGAUAUUUACUGCUCUUUCUACAGUGCUGCAUAGCUAAUCUGAGGAGAAAAAACAACCCCGAAAUCAAUAAUGCCUGAGCGUCUAGAGCAAAGCAUGAAACUCAUUGGCAUCUAUUCCUCAUUCCUCAUUCUUUUCUGCAGUAUUGCUCAUCAGAGGGAAGGAGCCCAAGAUUCUUGUUCACAUCGAUGCGGGGAGGAACUGGUUAACUGCUCAUGCCAGAGGGCCUGCAAGUCCCUGGGGAUUUGCUGUUCUGAUUACAGUGAAUUCUGUCUGCAGAUCUCUCCGUCCUCAGGGUCCCUUAUGGGAGGCAAGGACUUUGAAAUUUUAAAUGUGACUUUUAAUGCCUCCUCUGUUGUGAGCUGCAGGUUCAAGCAGGAAAUUGAAACCAGUGGUUAUGUUGCUGAAGAUGGAAGAGCCCACUGCAUCUCCCCUUUGCUGUAUGAGAGUGGCCUCAUCCCCCUUGAGAUUUCCAGGGACGGUGGGCUCACAUUUCCUCACUCUGCAACUUGGUUAUCAGUACAUCACAGCAAAGUGUCAGCUGCAGAAAAAAGCACACUAGUGAAUGCCACAAAGUGGCAGUACUAUGGCACACCCAACACUGGAGGAAAUUUGACUGUCACAUGGAUGCACCAGACAUUUCCAGCUAGAUGUAUCAAUAUAGAAGUCUGGGGAUACCAAGAAACAGGUGAGAGUUACUCAGAGAAUUGGAUGGCUGAAUGGAAAUAUCUUUACACCCUGGGAAAGGAAGAACCCAAUAGUGGAACAUUUACUUUCAUUCCUGUACCUGCUAAAGCAGAUUACAAUACCUGGGACAUUGGGGCUUUGAGAAUCAGUCCAAGCAACUAUUCUGACGGGCAGAGCAAUGUUCCAUCAAUCUGGAGCCCAGUGCAUGCACUGGCCUGGCACCUUGAAGAAGACUUCAGGAAACACUCAGCUGCCUGGGCAACAGCCAAGUGCUUGGAAUGGGACAGGAGGGAGGAGAAACUUCCUGACUUCCUGGAAGAAAUUAUGGAUUGCCCCUGCACCUUGGCACAAGCCAGAGCUGACACUGGCAGGUUCCAUACUGAUUAUGGGUGUGAUAUUGAAAAAGGGAGUGUGUGCACUUACCAUCCUGGAGCUGUGCACUGCGUAAGGGCCAUUCAGGCCAGCCCCCAGUAUGCAUCAGGACAGCAGUGCUGCUAUGACUCCACAGGUACCCAGAUCCUCACACGAGACUCCAUAGGGGGAAGUACACCUGAUCGAGGCCACGACUGGGGCUCUCCACCUUUCAAAAAGCCUCCUAGGGUUCCUGGUUUUUCCCAUUGGCUUUAUGAUGUCAUCAGCUUUUAUUACUGCUGUCUGUGGUCUGAUAACUGUCAGUUCUACCUGAAACACCGUCCCUCCAGUGACUGCAGGACUUACAAACCUCCUCGGGUUGCUUCUGCUUUUGGGGAUCCUCACUUCCUCACAUUCGAUGGGGCUAACAUCACAUUCAAAGGACAAGGUGAAUACACACUGCUAGAGUCCAGUCUGACAACCUUAAGAGUGCAAGGAAGGACACAACCUGCCAGACCUCUUAAUGGCACUGUGGCUAAAGUGACAGGUUUGUCUUCAGUGGCCAUACAGGAGAAUAAUUCUGAUGUGAUUGAGGUACGCAACUCAGAGCACUCUGGGAUGUUGGAGGUCCUGUUGAACAAGGAAGUGAUUAGUUUCUCUGAGCAAAGCUGGAUGGAUUUGAAAGGCCUCUUUCUCUAUUCCACAGCUGAUCAGAACAUCACCGUGAUGUUCUCUUCUGGGGCUGGUAUGGAACUAAGAGGAAGGGGAGGAUUUCUGAGCCUGACAGUCCUGUUGCCAGUGGAGUUUCACAAUCACACACAGGGUCUCUUGGGGGUAAUGAAUGAUAAUCCAAGGGAUGAGUAUACCUUCAAAAAUGGGACAACCAUGUCAUCUGAUGCCAGCCCUCUGCAGUUGUUUGAGUUUGGAGCUGACUGGGUUGUCAAAAAUGAAACUUCCCUCUUUACUUAUGACACCCAGUUCUUAUUGAACAACUUCUUCUAUGUGGCAAAGCACAACUCUGCCUUCAUACCAGUGUUUUCUCCUUAUGAAGACCCUGCUGACCUCCUGGUGAAGGAGAUGACCCUGCUCUGUGAUUCUGACCCUUUCUGCAAGUUUGAUGUCCUUACAACCAGAAGUCUCAAGGUGGGAAAUUCCACCAGAGUAUCCCAUCAGAAUCACAAGUGGCUGGUGGAGAGUCUACAGCCAGUGGUCUGUUGUGGCUGGUUGGAUCACCCCACCACUGGGAAAAAAGAAGGGACUAACUACCUGUUGGCCUCAACCAUCCGAUUUAGCUGCAAUCAAGGAUACAGGCUUGCUGGAUCAGAAGAACGAACCUGCCAGUUGACUGGGGUUUGGUCAGGUGACACAACCAGCUGUUUGCCAGGAACAGAUAACAACCAAGCAGUUCUUUUUGGCUGUAUAUUUGGAAUUCUUGGCUUUGUAAUACUUGUGCUUCUAAUCUUCCUGCUGUGCAGAAAGCAGAAGAGACAAAAUAAUUGGAAUCAAAAACUCAACCAAAAUCCUGGGGUUUCAACUACAUCAGAACAAGAAUUAGUGCAACUUCAAAGGAUAGAAAGUUUGUAAUCAGAAUACAACAGAAGCACAGCAAGAUGACUGCAGCAAGCAUAGCUUUCUCUACACCAACCUAGAAUAUAACUUUUGCCAUGGAAGAUUUCUGCUGUAUUCUAAUGGUCAAUUUCUGCCUUCAUUUACAUCUGUUCAGCUGAGAUGCCAGAGAGAGGAAUAAGUGGUGCAGAUUUGACUUUUGUAUGUCAGGUGCAAGAAAUAAUGGUUCUAGGCAUCAGCCUCAGUUUGUGGUUUGGCUUCCUAUUUCAGUCAUUUCUCUCCAAGUAGAAACAUGAGGUUGAGAAAGCUAUAGCCCAUUCUGUUCUUGGACCUUCUCUGAAAGUCACUUUGCUUUCUCAAACUUGUUUAACUUCUAGUAUUUGGGGACUUCACAUUCAUUCUUCCUUUUUUUCUUCUUCUUUUAGGCUGUUACUGGAGAGAAAUGAGAGCAGUCCUUGCUGCCUGUUUUCACACAUUGUACUAGAGAAGCAGUCCCCUCAGGCAGACCUCUCCCUUUACAGACUGACCCAUAGCCAAGCCACCAUACUGUACGGACAUCCCUCCCUGUCUCCUUGAUCAUUUUAACUUCAACCACAAGCUCUUUUUACAGUAAGAUAGUAACAUGAAAAAGUAGCCCAACCUGAAAUAACCUUUCAUGUCUUGGGCUUCCCUUUCUCAUCUAGGUGAAGGGGUAUGUUGCUUUCCCUUCACUUAAGAUUCAGUUCUUAAAAAUAAUGUCACUGCUGUUUUGUUUUAAAGGAAUAAAUCCCUGGCUCUUCACUGUCCCCUAAUCAUAGAAUCAUAGAACUUAAGAUCAGAAGGGACCAUUAUGAUCAUCUAGUCUGACCUCCCGCAAGAUGCAGGCCACAAAAGCUGACCCACCCACUCCUGAAAUAAUUCUCUCCCU